AUGACUUCGAAGGGUCUUGGAAUAGGCCUACUUACGCUCUUUUGGCUUGGGACAGGAGGGAGCGCACUUAAAAACAACUCACUUUUGGAAGACCGGAUAUUUUCUUACCCAGAGAACCUGUUAAACGCGUCUUCUGUGCACGCGCAUAACCGCACUUCAGGCUUUUUCUUGCUGGACUUGGAUGAGGAUUUGUUGGAAGACUGGCGCACUCUGGCCUCAAGCAGGACGCGCGGCGGGGAGUCUCAGGGGGGGUGCGUCAAAGCGCUUCUCGUGGCCGCGUACUCCCUCAUUAUCGUCAUUUCGCUGUUUGGGAAUACGCUCGUGUGCCAUGUGGUGGUCAAAAACAAGCGCGCGCAAUCCUCCACCAGUCUCUUCAUAAUGAACCUGGCCAUAGCGGAUAUUUUUAUCACGGUGCUCAACACCCCCUUCACUCUGGUACGCUUUGUGUACAGCACCUGGGUUUUCGGAAGAGCCAUGUGCCAUAUCAGUCGAUUCGUGCAGUAUUGCUCUCUGCAUGUGUCCACGCUCACCCUGACUGCCAUCGCUCUCGACAGAAGGCAGGUGAUUCUGCACCCUCUUCGUCCGCGGAUGUCUCUGACACAGGGGGGCUGCUGGGUGGCCGUCAUCUGGAUAAUGGGAAGCUGCUUCUCGCUUCCACACGCCAUCUACCAACAACUCCUGACCUUUACUUACAGUGAAGAAAAGGAGCGCAGUCUGUGUGUGCCAGAUUUCCCAGAGCCUUCAGAUGUUUACUGGCAGUACAUUGACCUUUUGACCUUCGUGCUCUUGUACAUGCUCCCUCUCCUCAUCAUCACCAUCUCCUACACCACCGUGGCGAGACGUCUUUGGCGCCAUAAUGCAAUUGGUGACACGACCACUGCUCAGCACGCCACCCAGAGGAAAAAGAGGAGACGGACCCUCGCUAUGCUGCUCCUAGUGGUGGGAGUGUUUGCAGUCUGCUGGUUUCCUCUUAACUGCUAUGUGGUGCUUUUGUCCAGCCAGGCUAUCCAGUCAUCCAACGUGUUAUAUUUCUGUUUUCACUGGCUAGCAAUGAGCUCCACCUGCUACAAUCCAUUCAUCUACUGUUGUUUAAACCCCACAUUUCGUCAGGAGCUGCAGUUGCUUUUGGAUAUGUGUAAACGCAGGAGGCCGGUGGUGGGGCUGGAGCCGGAGAGUCGCCCGGUGGAGAUAAUUCCCCCUUGUCGUAGAACAGCCUGGCCCGAUAAUGACUCGUCCAGGUCCAGAGCGGUGCAGUCCCACGCAGCUCACAGCUCCUUACAGCAAAGCCACGCCUCCACAAGCCACUCCCACAAUGCCAAGGAAACGCACGUGGUGUUCAGCGCCAGGGAGGUGCUCCCAGGCCGAACAGAUGUGCUCUCUGUGGAGCCCAUUGUAGCUGUCAGCUGGCUGCAGAAACCCAAUUUAUAG